AUGGCUGUUGUUGGUCUUGAUAUGGGUAAUUUUUCAUCAUACAUCGGUGUUGCUCGCGCCGGUGGUGUUGAAAUAAUAGCAAAUGAAUAUUCGGAUCGUCUUACACCAACGUCUAUAACAUUUAAUAAAUCGACUCGUUCAAUGGGUCAAUCAUCAAAAGCAAUGGAAGUUACACAUGCAAAAAAUACAAUUUGCAAUUUUAAACGAUUAUUAGGUCGAAAAUAUCAAGAUUCGUAUGUACAACAAGAAAAAGAAUUUAAUGCAUAUGCAAUUGUUGAAGGACCUGGUGGUUCAGUAAAUAUUGAAGUUGAUUAUCUUAAUGAACGUAAGCGAUUGACACCUGAACAAAUAACUGCAAUUAUGUUUACAAAAUUAAAACAAAUAGCUGAUACUGAAUUAAAGACAAAAGCUGUUGAUUGUGUUAUUGGCGUACCUUGUUUUUUUACGGAUACGGAAAGACGAGCAAUGCUUGAUGCUGCACAAAUAGCUGGUUGGAAUUGUCUUCGAUUACUUAAUGAAACAACAGCUGUUGCACUUUGUUAUGGUAUCUAUAAAGCAGAUCUACCUGAACAAAAUGAAAAGCCUCGUCUUGUUGCAUUUGUUGAUGUCGGUUAUACAUCAUUACAAGCAUCUGUUGUUGCAUUUAAUAAAGGCAAAUUGAAAAUGGUUGCAACAGCUUGUGAUCCAUCAUUAGGUGGUCGAGAUUUUGAUCGUUUAAUUACAGAUGCAAUGCGUGAUGAUUAUCAAAAACGUUAUAAAGUUGAUGCAUAUAGUACAGGUAAAGCUAAAUUACGAUUAAGAGCUGAAUGUGAAAAAGCAAAAAAAUUAAUGGCAAGUAAUGUUCAACCAAUUCCAAUUGGACUUGAAUGUUUUAUUAAUGAAAUUGAUGUUAAUGGAAAAAUGUCACGAGCUGAUUUCGAAGAAUUAGCUAAACCAAUACUUGAUCGUAUACGAAUUACACUUGAAAAUCUUCUUAAAGAAGCUAAAGUAACACCUGAAGAACUUGAAUCUGUUGAAAUUGUUGGUGGUUCAACUCGUAUACCAGCUGUUAAACAACUUGUUCAAGAUGUUUUUCAUAAAGCACCUAUGACAACAAUGAAUGCUGAUGAAAGUGUUGCACGUGGUUGUACUUUAAUGUGUGCUAUAUUAAGUCCAACAUUUAAAGUAAAAGAAUUUAAAAUUGAGGAUUGUCAACCAUAUCCAAUAACAUUAUCAUGGCAAGGUGGUGUUAAUGAAGAUAAUGAAGUUGAAGUAUUUAGUCGUUGGAAUCCAAUACCAUCAACAAAAAUGCUUUCAUUUUAUAAACGAGAACCAUUAACAGUUGAAGCUCGUUAUUCAUAUCCGAAUGAUAUACCAUUUUCAGAAUCACGUAUUGGUCAAUAUACAAUUGAACAAAUUCAACCACAACCCGAUGGUACACCAUCGAAAAUUAAAGUUAAAGUUCGUCUUAAUCGUAAUGGAAUAUUUGAUGUUACACAAGCAUCACUUAUUGAAACAAUUGAAGAACCAAAUGCACCAACAGGUCCUGAAGAAGCUAUGGAAGCAACACCAGCUCCAGAAGGUGCACAAAAUGGUCUUGAUCAAAAUCCACCAACAACACAAGAACCAAUGGAUGAACCUGUUGAACCUGCUAAUGGUCCUACUACACCUGCUAGUGGUGAUGCUCAAACAGGAGAAAAGGAAAAAGCUGAAGAUGGUACUGAAAUAAAAUCACAAUCAGCUAAUACAACACCAGCAGUACCAAAAAAGAAAAAGAAAGAAAUUGAUUUACCAAUUACACCUCGAGUACCUGGUGCAAAUAAAAAAGAACUUGAACGAUUAAUUGAACAUGAACAUGAAAUGAUUUCACAAGAUAAAAAAGAAAAAGAACGUUCCGAUUCUAAAAAUGCUGUUGAAGAAUAUGUUUAUGAUAUGCGUGGAAAACUCGAUGGUGGUCAAUUAGAAAAAUAUGCUGAUGAUAAUAUUCGACAAAAAUUAUUAGAAAAUCUUCAAAAAGCAGAAGAUUGGUUAUAUGAUGAAGGAAUGGAUCAAGAAAAAAGUGUUUAUGUUGAACGCUUGAAAAGUUUAAAAGAUGUUGGUGAACCAAUUCGUAAUCGUUAUAAUGAAGCCGAAAAUCGUCAAAAUUAUAUGCAAGAUUUAAUGAAAUCAAUACAACGAAUUGAUGAAGCUAUACAAACUUAUUAUACGAAAUCAAGUGAUAAAUAUUCACAUAUUGAUCAAAGUGACAUUGAAAAAGCUAAUAAAAUUUUAACUGAAAAACAAUCUUGGUAUGAUCAAACAGCUAAUCAAUUUGCUGCACUUAAAAAACACGAAAAUCCAACUAUACUUUGCUCACAAAUCAAACAAAACCGAGAUACACUUGAACGAGAAUGUUGGGCCAUUUUGAAUAAACCAAAACCAAAAGUUGAACCACCUAAGGAAGAUCCUUCAAAACAACAAGCUCCACAAACAAAUAAUCAACAAGAACAACAAGCUCCAAAUCCACCCCCAUCAACAUCAUCAUCAGGAAAUCAACAAUCAACUGAACAACAACCAUCAAUGGAAGUUGAUUAA